AUGCGCCGUGUGAGAAGACGCUUCAACUUGCUUCCACUAACUCAAUCUCAGACUCGACCCCAACAAUGCUCACUGUCACAGACCGCCGCCGCUGCCAUCGCGCGCCACUCACUGCGAUCUUGGUCCUCGGGUCGGGAGUCACGGCCCAUGACUGGAGAUGCUAAGACUGUGGGAGGCCAAGAGUCCAUUGCCAAUCUUAUCUCGAGUGUUCCAAGACUACCCCUCGAUUGCAAGCCACGAGAAGCCACCUGUUGUUCCCUCAUGGUCAUUACCUUAUGCUAA